AGAGGAAAAAUACUCAGCUUCCUCUCUUGAGAGGCAAAUAUAUUUGAAUUUGAACGGGGACAUUGGACACAAAAAAUGAUCCUCUGGAGUUGGGAUGUCACAGUGUUCAGUGAGGAUCUUGUUUAGCUAUCUUUGUUCAAGGACUACCUUCGAUUUGGAAGAUCAGCGGAAGCCUCAGGAGGAGCCCUUUUGUGUCUGUUUCCAAGGAGGAUGUCGGGGAAGAAGGACUUUGACGUGAAGCAGAUCCUGCGGCUUCGCUGGCGCUGGUUCAGCCACUCCUCCCAGAGCUCGGCCGGCGGAGGCGGCGGUGGCAGCGGCGGCGGCGGCUACCUCCAGCAGGAUGGCCUGGAGCACAGCGGCCGGGGGACACCUGGGCAGGGCCGGCUGAAGAGUCAUUCCCGGGACAGAGGAGGAGGAGGAGGAGGAGGAGGAGGAGGAGGAGGAGGAGGAGGAGGAGGGCUCCGGAAGGGCAGCAGCCCUGUCCACAGCAUCCUGGCGCCCACGCAGGGGGGGCCCACAGCGGUCUGCGCCCGUGCGGGACAUCAGUCAUCGCCACGGCACCACCAGCACCACAACACAAUCCAGAGCCUGCAGCUUAGCGAGAACAGCCCCAAGGGGGGUCCCACGGCCGGGGUUUCAGGGAAGGAGGAGGGCGGCGGUGGAGGCGGCGGGCAGGAGGGGGUGAAGGGCAGCAAGGACCAGGCCAGAGACGCUGAAGCCAGAGAAAGGUUGGCUCUCAGCACCUCCUCCAGGAUGACCUCCAACGGCUCAGAGGAGUUCUUCCAGGCCACCAAUCACGCAGAGCUCACCUUCCGCAAGAUGGAGACCUACCUCCAGCACAAACAGCUCUGCGAUGUCCUCCUGAUCGCAGGAGAUCACAGGAUACCGGCGCACAGACUGGUCCUCAGCUCGGUGUCGGACUACUUCGCCGCCAUGUUCACCAACGACGUGCUGGAGGCCAAACAGGAGGAGAUCAAGAUGGAGGGUGUGGAUCCGGAGGCGCUCCGCUCCCUGGUUCAUUUCGCCUACACUGGUGUACUGGAGCUGAAGGAGGAGACCAUCGAGAGCCUGCUGGCGGCUGCGUGCCUGCUGCAGCUCUCGCAGGUCAUCCAGGUGUGCUGCGGCUUCCUGAUGAAGCAGCUGCACCCGUCCAACUGCCUGGGCAUCCGCUCCUUCGCAGACGCCCAGGGCUGCCUGGACCUGCUGAACGUGGCCCACUGCUACACCACGGAACACUUUCUGGAGGUCAUCCAGAACCAGGAGUUCCUGUUGCUCCCCACAGCGGAGAUCGUCAAACUGCUGUCCAGCGAUGACAUAAACGUCCCAGAUGAAGAGACCAUCUUCCAGGCCCUGAUGAUGUGGGUGCGCUACGAUGUCCAGAGUCGACAGCAGGACCUGGGGCUGCUGCUGGCCUUCAUCCGUCUGCCUCUGCUGCCCCCUCAGCUCCUGGCAGAUCUGGAGAACAACAAGAUGUUCUCAGAUGACCUGGAGUGCCAGAAGCUGUUGAUGGAGGCCAUGAAGUACCACCUGCUGCCUGAGCGGCGGCCGAUGUUCCAGAGCCCACGCACAAAGCCCAGGAAGUCCACCGUGGGGGCGCUCUACGCCGUGGGGGGCAUGGACGCCUCCAAAGGCUCCACCACCAUAGAGAAGUACGACCUGCGCACCAACACGUGGAUCCAGGUGGGCAACAUGAAUGGCCGGCGGCUACAGUUCGGCGUGGCGGUGAUCGACAACAAGCUGUACGUGGUAGGGGGGCGGGACGGCUUGAAGACCUCCAACAUGGCCGAGUGCUACAACCCCGUCAGCAAGGUGUGGUCCACCAUGCCCCCCAUGUCCACACACCGCCACGGCCUGGGCAUCGCAGUGCUGGAGGGGCCCAUGUAUGCGGUGGGGGGCCACGAUGGCUGGAGCUACCUGAACACGGUGGAGCGCUGGGACCCCCAGGCCCGACAGUGGAACUACGUGGCCAGCAUGUCCACGCCCCGCAGCACCGUUGGGGUCACAGCGCUCAACGGGAAGCUGUUCGCCGUGGGCGGUCGUGACGGCAGCUCCUGCCUGCGCUCCAUGGAGUGCUUCGACCCGCACACCAACAAGUGGAGCAUGUGCGCUCCCAUGGCCAAGAGGAGGGGCGGGGUGGGCGUGGCCACCUACAACAGCUUCCUGUACGCCGUGGGAGGACACGACGCCCCCGCCUCCACCCACUGCUCCCGUCUGUCUGACUGCGUAGAGAGGUACGACCCCAAGACGGACGUGUGGACCACGGUGGCGUCACUCAGCGUGCCCCGUGAUGCGGUGGGCGUGGGGUUGCUGGGGGACCGGCUGUACGCGGUGGGGGGGUACGACGGGCAGUCCUACCUCGGCACCGUGGAGUCCUACGACGCACAGAACAAUGAGUGGGCUGAGGAGGUACCCCUCAACAUUGGCCGGGCGGGUGCCUGUGUGGUGGUGGUGAAGCUGCCCUGAGCGCUCUCUCUCGCUCUCGCUUUCUCUCGCUCUGUGCUGCUCUCCAUCACCCGGGAAACCAAACACAGAGGGGAAAGAAAGAAAGAAAGAACGUGGACAAAUGAGAAACCCACCCUGACUUUAGGUCCUCUUGAGAACCACAUGUUUUCCACAGACUUUUUUUGGGAAGGGGGAUGAGGAUGAUGAGGACACAUGGCGGCUCAUACCAGCCCUUGUUUCUAUCUUUGCCCACAGAGACUUUGUUUUUUUCUCUCCCCUCGAGAAGAUGGAAUGCACUGCACAUUCUUGACAUUUUCAACCGAUCAAGAAUUUUUUAAACGCUUUGGCUUUGCUUUAGGGAACUUGUGCCAAGCUUUUGUUGUGGUGUCCAUUUGUUGUUGGUUGAUUUCAUGUCGAGUAUGCAUUCCAACAAUGAUACAGAUUACAGUUGUUUUUUUUGGUGUAUGCAAAAAAAACAGGAGAGGUUACCUACAACCCAACAGUAGCAUAAUGUCCCUGCUCUGCCACCAGCAAUAUUUUAGGGUUAAAAAACAAACAAGAUCAUUGUUGCUUUUAAUAAAAAAAUAAAAAAACGAAAGUAUAAACUACCGCACAGAUUGUGUUUAACAGUUUAUUUCCUUAGUGGUUUUCUUCUAAAUAAGGAUUUCUCUGUUAAGGACAAUGUUUAUGAAGGAUCCACUGUGAAUGAAGAGGGCCAUAUGAGUUUAGCAAAUUCAACCUUGGUAUUGUUGAGAUAGUUUCCAGGAGAGGAGGAGGGCUUUUGCGAUGUUCAACUCUCUGCUGAAUAAUGGGCUAUUGGAUUCAUUGUUUUUUUUGCCUUAAUGUUGUUUUUAUUGAUCCUGUAGUGGAGGAACACCAAAGUCAAUUGCUUGUCAUUGAGGUCUUCUUUCACAUUAAAUGAGACGUUUACAAAAAUUGUAAAAAAAUAUUCUAGAACUAUAUCAUAUUGAUAUUUCACAUAACAGUGUACAGGCAUCUGACGACUUGCUAAAACUGCAUCUCUGUUCGCUAGACGUAUGCCUAAAAAACCAGCGCAGUCAGUGACUCAACCUUGUUCUUAAGCUUUGGGCAUGCUAGCCAAUCGAAUGUUUUCAUUUGAACUGUGCAAUGUUAAAGCUUUGUGUUUAAAAAUACAGACAAUUAUAUGCCCUGUUGCUUUUCAAAGCAUCCAAUGGCUUCUGGGUACUGUAGGAACCUCUAUUCCUCCUCAGCUACCUAUACAGGAGGCGCCAAAGCAAACAUGUAUUUUAAAAACAUUUUAAAGGUGAUUUUACACUUCAAUGCAGAACAAUAAGACAGCUUUUUCCAAUUUGGUUUAGUAGAGUUCAUGACACUGGUUGGAAUGUCUUUUUUUAAUUUGAUAAUAGUUUUUUGCAGUUCUUUAAGAUGAAUAUAAUAAAACCAAUCGUAAAGAAACUCUUUGUAACAAGAAUUCUAACAUGACUCUGAGGCCAAAUAUUGCUUUUAAUGUUUUUAUCAUCAUUUUGUACAGCAUGCAGAACUACCAAAUAAAUAACUUCAUUGUAUACAUUAUA